CAUCAAGCACGAGUCCGAAGAAACGAUGUUCGCAGACACGCGUCCCUCUUCGCCCUCGACUCGCAAACCGUCCCAUCUGCCGACAUCACCCCCUCUCUUCUUCUGUUCCUGAAAGGCUUGCUCGACUUCUCUUUCAUUCACCAAAGCUUUGAUCGUUGAUAUGAGACUCGCCGACGAGAUCGAGAGCGGGACGCUUAUCCCUGAUUUCAGGAGUACGAAAUCGAAAAGGAUCCUUGCGACGAGAGAUUGUUUCGAAGGCGAUUUGAGCGAUCAAAUCUAGUCAGGGCAUUUGGGAUUUUUGUUGUCGGUGAGCCAGCAGCAGCAGCUGAGAUGAGCACGUAUGGUGGGGAUAGCUGGGCAAGAGAGGCGCAUCACCGGAAGAGAAGAGUGGACGAUCUCAUGCUGUCCUCCUCCUCCUCCUCCUUCCGGGAUGCUUCAUUCCCUUCUUUCAAGAAGCUCUCCAACGGCAAGUAUGCCUGCCUCGUCUGCCCUCACAACCCCAUCCUAGAUACCCCUCUCAUGUUGUCGGUACAUAAUAAGGGAUCUCGCCACAUUGCUGCAGAAUCAAGGGUGAGAGCAAGUGAAUUAUCAAAACGGAAUGAAUUACACAAGAGAAUAGCCUUAUCUGAUGAUUCUACUGGUCUUUCAAGUUCUGAUAUUUUAGUGCAACAAGGGAAGAGUUCAGGGUUCCAUAACAAGCCACUCAUCCAAAAGACCAUGAAGGCAAUUUUAGAAACAAAGAGCAACCAAAUGGAGAAUCCAAAAUUUGUUGUUGCUGGUCACAAAACUGAACUACGAACACGAUCUUCUGUGUGUGAUUCAAAACACUCUCCUGCUGCUGAUGGCAUCAGAGAGCCAUCCGGAAAUGAUGCUUGUGAGUCUAGUAACAGCAAUGAAAAAAAAUUGCUGAUGACUGCAGCAACUAAUAAGAUGCUUACCGAUUGGCAUUCGGAGUUUAGUGAGCGCCGAGAGAAAGAACUCAAAUUUACUUCUGCAGGUUGGAAGAGGGAUUGUCAUGGAAAAUGGUACAGAGAUGAAAACGUUGAGUUUGACUCAGAUGAAGAAGAUCCAAAUAUCACCCUGAGAUGAUUAUAUCUAUUUUGCGUCGUGUUUGCUGUACCUGGAAGCCAUGUCCUGUGACGAAUUGCUGUUCGUGGUUAAUAUCAGGUUUGGCACACCAUCGUAUGCUGAUCCAUAGUUUCCUCAUGAAAUUAUUUCAGGCAAACUAUAACUGGUAAAUGGAGAUAUACGCUACAUACAUUUGAGUGUACAAUACUUUUUUUUUUUCUCUUCUUUUAGAUACUAUACUCUUGUACUUGUUUAAUUACAUGCCAAGGUUUUUUGCCCUUGGAAAAUUCAAGGUAUUGAUCGGUUGUCUCUUCCAA